AAUGUUGUAUCACACAAUGUACCAAAUAGAGUAUUUGUAAUAUGACACUAAUUAAAAGUUUUCCUAUUUUGUGUGCAGAUACAUUCUUUGCAUUAAGAAGAAUCAUCCACCUUUGAGAGCAAUGGCAGCGAUAGUUACCGGGCUCAUCCCAAUCCUCCGCACUGCAGUGGACUCCACCACCUCCUAUAAAGGUCGGACCAUGUGGUUCGGCUUGCUCUGCAUCCGCCUGGUGACCAUCUUUCUGGCUCAGAUACCAUGGAGAAGCCUAAAUGAUGAUUUCUACUGUAACAGCUCCUCAGAGUUCUGCAUUAGAGCUUGCUUUAAUAUACAUUUUGACAGUUCUAUAGUGAUGGCAUGGCAUUUCCUCUUCAUCCUUCUUGUGCUCUCGGUCCUUCUCAUGGAGCUUUUUUCCUCCCAUCUUCGAUAUUCAUUCCAGAAGAAGAAAGAGAGAGAAAUGGCAUCUCAAAGCGAGCAGGGAGGUGUCGGAGAUGAUCCCACCAUGACUGUUGGUGGUAGGAUGGUGAUCGACCUCCACAAGAGCAAAAGCAGCGUGGUGGUGUACCUGUUGACGGUGAUGGUGCGGAUUGCAGUGGAGGUUUUCUUCGUAUAUGUCUUACUCUUCUGGGUUCUGCCUAAAUUGAAUCGGCAGUCAUAUGUUUGUGCUGCACAAAGUUUUCAGGGAUGUUCAGAACACCAGUGUGUGGUCCGAGGAGCAGCAGAAAAGAAAAUGUCUGUCCAUGGACUGCUGUUUAUAUCUGUCCUGGUUAUUAUUACAAGCAGUGUGUUUUGUCUCUACUCAAUAGGCCACUAUCUCUGUAAUGGUUAAAAAAAAAGGUUCUUGGUGAACACAAGCAUAUUUAGCAGCAUUGAUGCAACUGUUUAUAAAUUAUGCCCUUUUUUUUUUUUCUGAAAUGCUUCAUUAUGGCUUACUGAGCCCGAUACUGUAAUUAAUAUGAUUGUAUUUUUAGUCCCACUUAGGUGUCUUUAGCUACUAUGCACUAACGUUUAAAUUAAUAAUUUGAUGCAAUGCACU